AUGUUGUGCCAUACUUCAAAAAAAGAAUUGCCACAAAAGCUAAAGGAUCCAGAUAGCUUUACUAUUCUUUGUAAGAUUGGGGGAUCUUCGUUUGAUAAGGCUUUGUGUGACCUUGGUGCUAACAUUAAUUUGAUGUUGUUAUCAAUUUUUAAGAAGUUGGGUCUUGGGGAGGUAAAGCCUGCAAUAAUUACUUUGCAACUUUCUAAUCAUUCUUUUACAUAUCCAUGUUCAGUUAUAGAAGAUUUCUUAGUUAAAGUGGAUAAGUUUGUAUUUCCUGCUAAUAUUUUGGUGUUGGAUAUGGAGGAGGACCAUGAGAUUCCAAUGAUUCUUGGUUGCCCUUUCUUAACAACUGGUGGAUCACUUAUUGUUGUACAAACAUUUUUGGAACAUCUUGGUGGCAAAGAGUACAUUGGGGAACAAGGAGAAGAAGGAUUGAAGCCAAAAUGA